AUGGAGUCUCCACAAAUAAAUAGAAACGAUUCGGAAGAAGGAUGCAGCGCGUCUACUUCGAGUAGUAACCAACUAUUCAUACCUGAGAACUUAGAUCUACCAGACGAUACAUUCCGCAUGAGCUUAGACUAUAUUUCAAUCGGAGAAAACGUCACAAUCGGCGACAGAGAUUCGUCUGUUGAUACAAACAAUUUGAUUAUUGAUACUGCAACCCCAUGUAAUACUCCUUUAAAUUUAGAUGACUCACUCACUCCUUCAAAGGAAAAGUCGAUGCUAAUUCUCGAUACACCAAAACGAGAAGAUACAAAGACAUUAAACAAGCAUAAUUUACUCAAACUGUCAUUAACUAAAAAUUUUGAUGAUAGUUUUGUAAAACCUUCGCCCAUGGCGGAAGUUAUGUCGCCGGCUAAGAUGUUGCAAUUUGAAGUGGAUAUCGCUAACAGCGCAACCCCUACUAUGAAGAGGGCUAUUAUAGAUUUUAAUUUUUUCAAUGACAAUAACUUUGAAGAAUAUUUUAAAGAUGUACCAAAAGCUAAAUUGGAGGAUAAUGAAAAAGAUGCUAAAGACGCUACAGCGUUUCGAGAAAUCCCUGUGAUUGUAAAGACCGACACGGUCCGGCAUGAAAUUGGCUAUGGGACUCCCUUGAGGUAUAAGUUCACACCUGUUCAAGUAUCACAUGAAGACAAAACUGUUCCUUUAGUGAAGACGGUUACUAUA